AUUUCUUUCCUUUUCUGCCUGCCUUUUUGGAAUUUGAUAUCCCUCUUUGCAAAUUGCUACUGUCACAACUGAUGGCUGACCGAGUGCUUGUGAUUGGCAGUGGAGGCAGAGAACAUGCACUGGCUUGGAAACUGGCACAAUCUCCACACCUGAAACAAGUACUGGUUGCUCCAGGAAAUGCUGGUACAGCCAAUGAUGGGAAAAUUUCUAAUUCAGUAAUCUCAAUCAGUGAUCAUGCAGCCCUUUCAACAUACUGCAAAAAUCAGAAGAUUGGCCUUGUGGUGGUUGGUCCAGAAGUCCCCCUUGCUGCUGGAAUUGUUGAUGACUUGGCAGCUGCUGGUGUGAGAUGCUUUGGCCCUACAGCAAAGGCAGCUCAGCUAGAGUCAAGUAAGAGUUUUUCAAAGGCCUUCCUAGAUCGUCAUGGCAUCCCUACUGCAAGAUGGAAAGCUUUCACUAAUGAGAAAGAAGCUUGCACUUUUAUUACUAGUGCAUCUUUCCCUGCUCUAGUUGUAAAAGCAAGUGGUCUGGCUGCUGGAAAAGGAGUGAUUGUAGCUGCUAAUAAAGAAGAGGCCUGCCAAGCUGUGCAUGAAAUAAUGCGAGAUAAAACUUUUGGAGCAGCUGGAGAAACUAUUGUGGUUGAAGAACUUCUUGAAGGAGAAGAAGUUUCUUGCUUGUGCUUCACAGAUGGUAUCACUGUGGCUCCUAUGCCUCCUGCCCAGGAUCACAAACGGUUAAUGGAUGGUGAUCAAGGACCAAACACUGGUGGAAUGGGUGCAUACUGCCCAGCACCUCAGCUGUCUCAAGAUCUGCUUUUGCAAAUCAGAAAUUCUAUUCUCCAGAAAACUAUUGAUGGUAUGAGAAAAGAAGGUACUCCAUACAUGGGUGUGCUUUAUGCGGGGUUAAUGCUAACCAAAGAUGGACCUAAAGUUUUGGAAUUCAACUGUAGAUUUGGUGACCCUGAAUGCCAGGUAAUUCUCCCGCUUCUUAAAAGUGAUCUUUAUGAGGUUAUGCAAGCAACUAUUGAUAAGAAAUUGUCCAACUGCAUACCCGUUUGGUUUGAAGAUCGUGCAGCUGUUACUGUGGUGAUGGCUAGUGAAGGCUAUCCAGGAAGUUAUGCCAAAGGUUUGGAAAUAGCAGGAUUUUCUCAAGCUAAAGAACAAGGUUUGGAGGUAUUCCAUGCUGGCACAACCUUAAAAGAUGGCACAGUGGUUACCAGUGGUGGAAGAGUCCUCACUGUGACAGCUAUCAAGAAAGAUCUUAUAUCUGCUCUGGAACAUGCCAACAAAGGAGUUGGAAUCAUUCGUUUCAAAGGGGCCAUUUAUAGAAAGGAUAUUGGUUAUCGAGCUAUUGCUUUUCUUAAACAAUCCAGAGGCCUAACAUAUAAAGACAGUGGUGUAGAUAUUGCAUCUGGUAACACCUUGGUUCAGAAAAUUAAACCUUUAGCAGCAGCCACAUCUAGAUCGGGCUGUAAUGCUGAACUUGGAGGCUUUGCUGGCCUUUUUGAUAUAAAAGAAGCUGGAUAUAAAGAUCCAAUUUUGGUGUCCGGUACUGAUGGUGUUGGAACAAAGCUCAAGAUUGCCCAGUUGUGUAAUAAGCAUAACACCAUCGGUCAAGACUUGGUUGCCAUGUGUGUCAAUGACAUCCUAGCUCAAGGAGCCGAGCCUCUCUUUUUCCUUGACUAUUUUGCAUGUGGGAAACUUGAUGUCAGGAUGGCUCAGACAAUCAUAGCUGGAAUAGCAGAAGCUUGUAAACUAGCAGGCUGUGCUCUCCUUGGCGGAGAAACUGCUGAAAUGCCUGGCAUGUAUCCACCUGGAGAAUAUGACCUUGGGGGAUUUGCUGUGGGUGCUGUAGAACGAGGACAGAUGCUCCCCCAACUUGACAAGAUCACUGAAGGAGACGUAAUUCUUGGAAUUGGUUCCUCUGGUAUUCACAGCAAUGGGUUUAGCCUUGUGAGAAAGAUUGUUGAAAAAUCCUCUUUAGAUUUUUCCUCUCCUUCAGUGGGUGACUGUCCUGAACAAACACUAGGAGAACAGUUACUCACACCUACUAAAAUCUACAGCAGGAUUCUUUUGCCAGUACUUCGUUCAGGUGAUGUGAAGGCAUAUGCCCACAUUACUGGAGGAGGGCUGCUUGAAAACAUUCCUCGUGUCCUGCCCUCAUCAGUUGGUGUAGUUCUAGAUGCCUUGUAUUGGAAGAUACCCAGCAUCUUUUCCUGGCUUCAGAGGGAAGGAAAUCUAUCAGAGGAAGAAAUGGCACGAACAUUUAAUUGUGGCAUUGGUGCAGUCCUCAUUGUACAGAAGGAACUGGCUGGGAAAGUCCUAAGUGACAUUCGGAGACAUGAAGAGGCAUGGUUGAUUGGAAAAGUUGUGCAUCAUCAAGCAGGUUCUGCUCAUGUUGAAGUCAAAAACUUGCUCCAAGCCUUACAAGCAAAUAGAUUACAGUCCUCGCACAGCAAACAAAUAAAAAUGAAGCCACGCAAAACAAGAAUUGGCAUCCUCAUCUCUGGAACAGGUACUAAUAUGGAAGCUCUGAUUGCCAGUGCAAAGAAGCCAAACAGCUCUGCAGAAAUAGUAGUUGUUAUUUCUAAUAAGGCUGAUGCAGGAGGACUUAAAAAAGCAGAAAGAGAUGGAAUUCCCACAAAAGUAAGUACUUUUUCAUUAGCAGUUUAUCAUAUUUAGUGGUUGCUGUCUGAA